ACGUCGCCGAAUCCCGGGCCAGCCAGGCUGAGUGGCGUGAGAAGGCCUAGAGGUGAACCCGGAGAGGAAACUCCGCUCCCGGGGGAGGACAAGUCCGGCGACUCUCGGCCUGGGGCCGCCUCUCAGUGAAGAUGGCGGGGCCGGAGCUACUGCUCGACUCUAACAUCCGCCUCUGGGUGGUCCUGCCCAUUGUUAUCAUCACUUUUUUUGUGGGCAUGAUCCGUCACUACGUGUCAAUCCUGCUGCAGAGCGACAAGAAGCUCACCCAAGAACAAGUGUCCGACAGUCAAGUCCUAAUUCGAAGCAGAGUCCUAAGAGAAAAUGGAAAAUACAUUCCCAAACAGUCCUUCUUGACACGAAAAUACUACUUCAACAACCCAGAGGAUGGAUUUUUCAAAAAAACUAAAAGGAAGGUAGUACCACCUUCUCCUAUGACUGAUCCUACUAUGCUUACAGACAUGAUGAAAGGGAAUGUAACAAAUGUCCUUCCUAUGAUUCUGAUCGGUGGGUGGAUCAACAUGACAUUCUCAGGCUUUGUCACAACCAAGGUCCCAUUUCCACUGACCCUCCGUUUUAAGCCUAUGCUCCAGCAAGGAAUCGAACUACUCACGUUAGAUGCAUCCUGGGUGAGUUCUGCAUCCUGGUACUUCCUUAAUGUAUUUGGACUUCGGAGCAUUUACUCUCUGAUUCUGGGCCAAGAUAAUGCUGCUGAUCAGUCGCGAAUGAUGCAGGAACAAAUGACUGGAGCAGCCAUGGCCAUGCCCGCAGACACCAACAAGGCUUUCAAGACAGAGUGGGAAGCUUUGGAGCUGACAGAUCACCAGUGGGCACUUGAUGAUGUUGAAGAGGAGCUCAUGGCCAAAGACCUCCACUUUGAAGGCAUGUUCAAAAAAGAAUUACAGACCUCUAUCUUCUGAAGAGCAAGCAGGGAUUAACUGUGUCGGGAACUCGGAAUAGUGCUUAACCUUGUAACUUUUGUUUGAGCCGGGGCCUCUCAGAAUAAAAAGGAGGGUGCAUGAGCUGGCGGGCGUGCAGCAAGGAUCAUUCUUGUCUGAGCCAGGUUCCCCUUUGUGUUUGAAACUAGAGGAAAUGAGGAGCAUGUGCUGUGUGACUUACAGGGAGAGAGCUAUUUAAAAAAUGUUUUUCAAUUUUCCUUCUGGUGACUCCAGUAAUGAAAGCCUGAGAAACGGGGAAAACUCAAGCUAGUGAUAAUAUAACAUAAAAACUUAGCAAAAACUCAGUCUUUGAAAAAAGCAUUGUCAAUUAUGAGUAGUGACUCUGUGCAUUCAGCCUGAAUUCUAACCACAGUAAACUCCUGUUCUUUUGGGAUCCAAACACCCUGAGUUUUUACCUUUAAUUUUUUGUGUUAGUAUUUUUAUAACUUUCUUUCCAAAAAAUACAUUUUCAUUACCAAAAACUUAGAAACUAUGGAUGAACAAAAUGAGUCUCCCUGUGUUGUUCAUCUUGAGUCUACAGAAUGACAGAGAGCAAAUAUGUCAAAACUAUAUUCAAAUAAACUCUUUUCAGAGUAAAUACCCAGGGCCAGGACAGACUUACCAAACCUUCUAUAUCUCUUAAUACUGCACAGUAAAAAUCAGUGACCCUGAGACACUGCCAGAUUCUCAAGUGCCAUUGGGAUCAUCACAGAUGGGUCAGGUAAUGCAAGGUCUUGAUCUAGAGUUCAAAAUACAUCAAAUCCACUGAAAAAUUAAUGGUUCUAUACUGUAUAUGGCUACCCAGUUGAACUAAAGACCUCAUUUCCCAGUUGUUCUGGAUAAGAAAGGGUCUAUAUAUCAUUGUGAGAAGGGAGAGAGGGCAUUUGCUGACAGGCAAAUAAGUGUUGCCCAGGAAUAAUCUGCCUAGAUUAAAUGUCCGAGGAAAGUGUCAGGGUGCCAUGUCUGUACCAAGAGGUGAAUGUAAUUUGCAUGUUGAGCUCUGUAAUCAAGAACAAAUAACUCUUGACUCUACUAAUUAAACCAUCCUGUUUUCUUUUCUUUACCUGUCAAAA